AUGUUGGCCGGCGUUGUGGCCGGACCGUUACCGCGGUUUUUCUGGGUCGGGAUGAUUACCCAGAUGAGCCACACGCAGCCCGUAGUGAGGCAUUCGAUUGUGGCGAUAGCGUGUCUUCAGCAUUCUGGGCUGAGCGUUGAAAUCGAAGACUCGAGAAGAAAACUCGCGAUUUCUCGGUACAAUACCGCUUUAAGACAGGUUUCUACAUCGAGCGAUUCUAAUCCCGAUAUCGUUGUUAUAUCUUGCAUGCUCUUUUUGUGCAUCGAGUUCAUGCGAAAUAACCCAGAGGCGGCAAUGGUUCACUAUCAAUACGGUCGGAAGAUUCUGGCUUCUUAUAACGCGUCGAGGACGCUCCUGGGACUUUACCGCCGAGUCAACGUGUUCAUGCUCUAUUUUAUCGACGUAUGGGGUCUGCCGCAGUUGAAUCAGGAGGAGUUUUGCUCACCGGGCCCAUUCACUAGUCUGAUCCAAGCCCAGGAGGCACUUGACUGGCUUGUUUACCGGUCGCUGAAAGUUUCAUCUGCGCUUGAUCGAUGUAUAUCGAACGAUUCAAGUGGAACUGCUUGGCAGGAUGCACUUUCAUUAAAAUCGUUGUUGGAUACGGACUUGAAUACUUGGUCGCGCGCAUUCAACGCGUACUUACUUGUUCUCCCUGGAUCCUUCCAAGAAUUGGGGGAUUAUCGACUCCUACAGACGCGGUGGCAGGCUUGCAAGAUCUGGACAGAUGCCGGUCUAUACGGCUACCAGGCCGACGGCAACCAGAAAAUCCCGAAAAGCAUACCAUGUCGUGAUUUGAAAUCUACCGGCGUCAAUACUUCGACCUUCAGUGAAUUUCUUUCCUGUGCUCAGCUUUCUCCCGUCCUCUAUUUCAUGCUUAUGGAGACUCGCAACCUGGGCAUUCGACUCGCAGCAUUGGCUCUUCUUCGGAAAAAGUGCACUACUGUUGAGACAGCCUGGAAUGCGCAAAAACUAUACACCACGGCCAAGGAGGCCAUUGAAAAGGAGCAUGGUAUUUUGAUAGCGCCGGGAUGCAGGGAAUUUGUUGAGCUGGAUAAUUUGCUGAGUAUUGGUGAAUUUCAUCCCGCGGCAUCGUGUCCAAAGGUGCAGUUUUAUUGUCCUUGGGUUCUUGUGGUAUUAGAUGUUUGCGACAGAGUAUGUGAUUCUCAGUCACAGUAA